CUCCCUCCCUCUCCGUCUCUCUCUUUCUCCGUCUCUCUCUCUCUCUCUCUCUCUCUCUCUCUCUCCUCUGCUACUGACGCAACCAGUGGAGACAACAAAAACAAGAAUUCCAACUUUUACCCCCAGUGAUUAUUGAGGAUUGGAUUUGCAUGCAAAUUUCCCAGCAUCAAGAACCGUAACAAGUUCGCAAACCCACUUGAUUGGACUGGUUGGUAAUGAAGUGACACAGGUAGUAUCGAAGUUUCGUACAUUUUUUUGGAUGGGAACAUCUCAGACUCUCAGCUGCUGAAGUUCUUCAUCAUUAGUCUUCUGGGCCCUAGCCAGGGGAAUGGGAAAGAAAAGUGUACUUAAGAAAGUAAAGAAGCUUGAACUGAAGGGAACACAGAAGAACCAAAUCAACUCUGAACGUAUUCCUGCACUCGAGGAAAUCCUUCUCGAUGUCUAUGCAGCUUGUCAUCCAAAGCCAAUUGACUAUUUCAAUCGCAAAGAUUUGGUUCGAGUCUUUAAUGCAAUGGCAAAGGAAAUCUAUGCUUUUGUUUCAGGAAAUUCUGACGACAUUCCUGUCGUGGAGGAAUUCGGCUCUUUCUUAAUGGAUAUCUUCAGUCCCAAAAGUGAUCUGGAUUUGUCUGUUAAUUUUACUAACAAGGACGGCGAUUUCCCCCAAGAGAAGAAGAUACAAAGUCUUCGGAAAUUUGCAAAAAAGUUAUAUGCCCUUCGAAGGAAGGGGCAUCUUUCUAGUGUGCAGCCAAUCUUGUCUGCGAAUGUGCCCAUUCUUAAAAUUGUUGAUCGAGGAACUGGAAUUGAAUGUGACAUUUCAAUUGAGAAUAGAGACGGAAUCCUGAAAUCCCAGAUUGUCCGCAUGAUUUCCUCAAUCGAUGGAAGGUUUCAGAAACUAUGUUUUUUGAUGAAAGCUUGGGCAAAAGCACAUGGGAUUAACAGCUCAAGAGAUCGAACUCUGAACUCUUUAUCAAUAAUAUCAUUAGUAGCUUUCCAUCUUCAGACUCGUGAUCCUCCUAUAUUACCUCCUUUCUCUGCAAUAUUCGAAGAUGGGAUUGAUUCAGCAGCUGUGGGAAAGAUGAUCAAUAAUCUUUUGGAUUUCGGAAAAAUGAAUAAAGAAUCCCUGGGGGAGCUCUUUAUUACCCUACUUGUCAAGCUUGCAUCAGUGGAAAAACUUUGGCCCAAAGGCCUGUGUGCCAGCAUAUAUGAAGGAUCUUGGAUAUUCAAAAAAUGGGAGUCAACAUCAAAAAAGAAACCGGAUUCUAAAUUCGGCUGCAUAAGUGUUGAGGAUUUCACUGAUCGAUCUCUUAAUGUUGCCCGAGUAGUAGGGAAAAAGCAAGUAGAAAAGAUCAAUAAGUUAAUCAAUCGUUCCAUAUAUUAUGUCUCUGCAUUCAUGGAUGGCCAGAUCCAAGGAAGCAAGUUAAGGGCACUGUUAUUUGGUAGUGAAUGUAUACCCGCUCUAGAAAACAGAAGUACCACAAACGUUGACAGAAAAACAGUUGAUUCUCAUCUUUCUCUUGAUCCUACCAUGACAAAAAAGAUGCGAACUAUAGGAGGUUGGGGGGAACCAGAGAGAACUACUCCUUUUACCCUGACAAAAAUUGUGCAUUGGGGAGGACCACCCGUGAAAGGUUGGGAUGGAACGAUUAUUGAAAGUUGGAAAGGAGAAGGUUUGUCCAUUCACCUCGACCAAAUUCAACCGAACACAGUGCAAUCGACCAUAGUUUGGAGAGGACUACCUGUGGAAGGUUGGACAGGACAAAAUGAGUCUAUUCACCUCGACCAAAUAUCUUCUGUAGUUUCGAGGGGAGUACAACAUGAGUCUAUGCACCUCGACCAAAUUCAGCGGAAAGCGGUGCAAUCUGUAGUAGUUUGGAGAGGACCACCUGUGAAAGGUUGGGGAGGAGAACAUGAGUCUAUUCACCUUGACCAAAUUCAACAAAAACUGGUGCCAUCUACAGCAGUUCGUAAAGGACCACCUGCGAAAGGUUGGGGAGGAAAACAUGAGUCUAUUCACCUCGACCAAACUCCACAAAAAGCGGUGCCAUCUACGGUAGUUUGGAGAGGAACACCUGUGGAAGGUUGGGGAGAAAAACACGUGUCCGUGGAAGGUUGGGGAGAAAAACAUGUGUCUGUUCACUUCGGUCGAGUAAAAUCAAAGGGGACGCAAUCUAUUGUAGUUUGGGGAGGAACACCUGUGGAAGGUUGGGGACCAAAACAUGUAUCUACUCAACUCGACCAAAUUCAACCAAAAGGGUUGCAAGAUACUGAAGGUUGGGGAGGAAUACAGCAGGCUACUCUUCCUGAACCCAUCCGAUCAAACGGAACGCAAUCUGCAGAUGGUUGGGGACAAUGGGGAGGUGACAAUGCGUCUUGUUCUUCUACGAAACAUCUUUCUGUUCCAGCUCAGAAGCCGAUUGGUAUUAUUCAGAAGUCUUCUCGACAAGAGCCAAACACCAGGCGGCGUCUGCGUUCCAAUGGGUAUAGAAAUUUGUAGCCAUUCCUGUCAUUGAUAUAUUCUCAAUUCACCACAAAAUCAUCCCCUGGUUAUGAGCCAUUGCAGUUUUUCUCGUCGUGUUUCAAUCAUUUCAUGAGAUCGGUACCCAUUUAUGGUUAGACAUUUUUUUUUCCCUCCUGGACUAAUUUUCUUAAAAAUUGAACCUGAUUCAAUUUCUUUGUGGAAUUGGAUCCUCUCCAAUCAAUCAAAAUCUGGAUCGACUACUACUUCAAUAAAUGGUUUGGAUUUACUCAAA